UUCAUAAAAUCUCGACUAUUUCUGUGUACGACUUUGUCGAUAAACAAAAAUGGCAGCUAAGAAGAGGCACCAAAAUCAAAACUCGAGUGCAAACACAGAAUCAAGCAAUUCCACGCGAAAGAAAACCACAAAAAGGAAUGACAGUAAAGGAGAACGUGGAAAAUCAGGCGAUGUUUUAUAUAAAUUAUUCAUUGCUGCUUUAGCCAUCUCUGUAGGAUAUAUGCAUAGGAACCAUGUGUAUGGAAUGUUUGAAAGGGAUAAACAUUUUUCACAUCUGUCAAACCUGGAAAGGGAGUUAUCAUUUAGAACAGAGAUGGGUCUUUAUUUUUCCUACUUCAAGACCAUCAUUGAAGCUCCCUCAUUCCUGGACGGGUUGAAUGAAAUAAUGUACGACAACAUCACAGAAUAUCCAGAUACAAUCAAUGUCCUAAAGAGGUUCAACCUUUAUCCAGAGGUAGCCCUGGGUAUAGGAUACCGAUGGUACGAUUCUGUUAUGACAUCCUUAAACAAGCCGACCAAAAUGUGUUGGACAGUCAACAGAGGAGAGGGAAUGUCCCCUGUACAGAGCUGUGAGGGUCUAGGAGAACCCUCCUAUUUUUAUGUAGAGGCAGUCUUCCUUCUCAAUGGUUUUAUGAUGAGUGUGUUCUUUUUGUUUGGUGUGUAUCUGAGUGGAAGUGUGUAUGGGGGGAUUCUGACUGUGGCCUCAUUCUUCUACAACCACGGCGAGUGUACAAGAGUCCAGUGGACCCCACCCUUGAGAGAGAGCUUCGCAUAUCCAUUCCUUAUAAUAGAGAUGUUCCUAGUAACCCAUACUCUAAGAAUGAAGAAACCCUCCUACCUCCAUAGUAUAGGGAUAGCAAUAGCUGUGGUCAGCUUCAUGUUGCCGUGGCAGUUUGCUCAGUUUGCUUUGAUGACUCAGGGAGUCGCAGUGUUCUGUACCUAUGUCCUUGGCUACAUUGGAUCACACAAGGUCAAGGUCAUAUUAACAGGGUUACUGAGUGGUCUACUGGUCAGUUACGUGCUCCUGUUUGGGAAUGAAAUGUUGCUGACCUCAUUCUUCCUCUCAUCUCUUAUCAGCAUCAUUGUCAUUGUAUCAAUGGAACCAUUCCUCAAUAUACUGAAGUUCAGAGUAAUAAUUUGGGCAGUACAGGGUAUUUUACUGUUAUUUGGAACACUGGGAAUUAAGUACCUCAUCUCCAAAGCUCUCAAUGUCACAGAUGAUGAACAUAUAGGAGAUAUAUUUAGAAGCAAGUUUUCGGAUUUCAAUAACUUCCACACCAUGUUGUAUACGUGUGCUCCCGAGUUUGACUUCCUGGCAGCUGAGACUUACUGGAAAUUACUGAAGACGAUACUCCUUCCUUCUGUAGCCGUCGUCGUUAUAGUGCUGGCUGUCAAGUUGUUGAAGUUGGAAUAUAACCUAUGGAGACAGACAUGUACAGAAGAAGAAGAAGAAGACAUUGUUCUGGAGGGAGAACAUCGCAGUAAACCACACGCUGAGUAUGUGUAUCACAUGUUCCAGUUAGCGGCCUUUACACUAAUGGCAGUCAUCAUAAUGAGGCUGAAGUUAUUCUGGACGCCACACCUCUGUCUCAUGACCUCAUUACUGGCUUCUAGAAAGCUGUUUGGCUGGAUAGGAGGGAAGGAGAAGCACUAUGCCGUGGUAACCGUACUCCUGGCCUGUAUGACCAUCGAGGGAGUCCAGAAUAUCAUGCAUCAGUGGAGCAUCAUGGGAGAAUACAGUAACUAUCCGCUAGAGGAAAUGGUGGAGUGGAUCAAAGUCCAGACCCCUAAAAAGGCUGUGUUUGCUGGUCCUAUGCCCACCAUGGCGACCAUUAAGUUGUGUACAGGAAGACCUAUUGUAAAUCAUCCUCACUAUGAAGACGCUGGACUCAGAGCAAGGACGAUGAAGGUGUACUCUAUGUUCAGUAAGAAACCUUUGUCAGAGGUCAAACAGAACUUACUGGAUCUAAAAGUGGACUUUGUCAUCCUAGAGAACUCCUGGUGUGUCCGAAAACAAAAAGAGGGUUGUGGUAUGGCUGAGAUCUGGGACAUCGAGGACCAGAAAAACCGCCACCAAACCGUCCAGGCAUGUACCAAGUUACGAGAAAGACCCGAGCCUCACUUCAGUCGUGUGUUCCGGAAUGAUGUGUAUGAUGUCCUCAAGAUCUCAAAGUGGUAGAGCAGGGGAAGGGAGACCAGUUUAAUUUUCAUUGUGAUAUGUCUAUUACUAGUCCCUGAUAUUUUGUAUUUUUUCUCAUUAUAAGAUCUUUGAUAGCUAACCAAAAUGUAUGACUGGUUUUUUUUUAAACAUGAAAGAGUAGGUGUGAAUGAAAUAUUUAUUUUUAUCAUUUUGAAACACAAAUUGCUUUAUGAAAGGAUAUUUUUUUUCUUGCCAAAAUGUGUUUUACAUGCAGUAUUACAGAAUGUUAUGUAUAAGAUAAAGAAAUUUUAGCAAUUGUUUACACAUUUGUUACAAUGGUCUGUGUAUGAGAAUUACACACAACUUUAAAAAAAAAAUGGAAAGAUACAAAAUUCUGAGAGAUGACUUUUCACAUAGUAUUUUUAUCCCUGCUCCAAAAAAAUAAUGUUUACAAUACCGUACUUAUUUUUGGUACAUCAAAGAUUGCUCCUCAUGGAAAUUUGAUUUUAGUUGCGUAAUAUAUAAGCUGCCAAACUAUAAUAUUGUCAGAAAUCCUGUUUGAAACCCCUUUUAUGCUAUUUUUUUUAGGAUGUAUAUAUGUAAUUGAGUCAUUCAUGUCUGUUCUUUUAUUGGAACUUCUUUUAACUUAAAUUUUUAUGUAUAUUUUCUGGAUGACAAGACUUGGGUGUAGAAAGGGGACAGUAGACAGAUAAGAUUUGUAGUGUAUGUUUUCGAAAAACUUGCUGUUAAAUUCCUUGUUAUUGUUCAACUUAUUUAUUUCCUUUUGAGUUUAAAAUCUAGUUGUAAACAUUAUUGACCUCGGUUCGUUGUAAACAUGAAUUCAUUGUAAGAGUCUUUUCUCUAACCAUGAUUUACUGUAGUUCAAAAUUUAAAAAGUUAUACAUAGUGACCCAUUAUUUGUUUUUUUUUAUUGGCUGUUGGACUUUGUGUUAAUUUGAUCAUUACUUGCUUUUAUUAUUAACAUGGGUUUGUGUUUGUAUGAGAUGAUCACUGGACAGGAUUGUCUGCUCAUUUAAAGUUUGUGAGUACAAUUAUAAUCAUGAAAAUUC